GUGGUUGUGGAAAUCGCGUCCUGCAAGGCACAUAUAGAUGCUCUAGACACACGCGCACACAAUUCGUUAUUCUGCAAAUUUCGUUAUUCUGCAAGAUUCUUACAUUCUGAACAUGGCGGAGCAAAUGGACCCAUUCAAAUUCCAUACCAUGCUGAACACGGCUUAUCAAUCGAUUAUCAGCAGCUACAUUAUGCAGCUGGGUUGUGUCAUCGUGCUUCUGGUGCUCUGCGUCUGCUUCUACAGGUUGAAGCAGAAAGCUCGUCUGGGACCAAGAUAUUGGCCCUUUCUGGGCAGCGUCUGGGACAUCUCGGCGCAUUACUGUCAUCUACACGAUUGGCUCUUGGGAUUCUUCCGUUUCGCCAAAACUAUUCACGUCCGCAUGCCCUGGGGCCGCGUUUACUACUGCACCGUGGAUCCAGUCAAUGUCCAGUACUUGCUCCAAACGAACUCCGUCAACUUCCGCAAGGGCAAAGGCUUCUUCAAGCGCAUGGAAGUGUUGUUGGGCCAGAAAGAGCUUCAUGACUCAUGGAUUAUGAGGAAUUGGGUGACCUCGGAGUUCUGCAAACCUUCGGUCUGCGACCUGACUGCUGCGGUAAUGAAGAAGAAAACUUGUACCAUCGCUCGGCUGCUGGCUGAAGUAGCCAGAAAAGGCACCACCGUGGACAUCCAGGAUUUGAUUCAAAGGGCGACAUUGGAUGCGAUCGGAAAAGUGGCGUUUGGAGUAGACUUUGAGUCACUGCCAUGUGCUCUUCCAAAGCCAUGGCCACACAUCGCGUUCGCUUCGUCCUUGGACUUGGCCACCACCAUCGCCGUCAAGCGCUUCAGUGAUCCUUUCUGGGAGCUCAAGCGGUACUGUAACAUGUUUCCGGAGCGGGUGCUACCGGAGCAAAUGCAGGUAGUGGAUGGGUUUAUCUUUAGCCUGAUUGCUGACAGAAAAGCCGAGGUCAAGCAUCAUCAUGGGCAAGUCUACGAUCUGGCUCAAGCUUACCUGGCUCACGCCGAAGGAACCCCGUAUGGAAAUGAUCUCAUUUCCAAAUUUCUCAAUCUCACGAUGAGAGAAGACCACGCCGACAACCCUCAGACGGACGAGUUACUGCGGCAUAUCGUCAUCAACUUCGUGAUCGCCAGUCGGGAUGCUAUUGGAGUGACACUCACGUGGCUUGUCUACGAGUUGAGUAUGCACUCUGAUGCGUCGCACAGACUGUACUUAGAGCUCCGAGACUAUGAGAGCCGGAGACAAUUCGAAUGUCAGUAUUCGGAGGAGCAGUAUUCGGAUGUCGAGCUGCAAGACGAAGACUACGUUCGCAUGAUGGACACACGAAUUCGUGAAUUUGCUGCCCUGAUCACCUCCGAGUCUCUGGACGAGCUGCCUUUCUUGCAUGCUUGCCUUGAUGAGACUCUUCGGCUUCACCCCGCGGUGCCUCUUGACCCCAGGGACAUAGAAGAAGACGACACACUUCCAGCCGGAGAAGUUUUCAUAAGCAGCAAGAAAGGGAACGUAGUCUUCAUCGCACCAUAUUCUAUGGCUCGAAUGACGUCUAUAUGGGGUCCGGAUGCUGCACAGUUCAACCCAGAUCGUUGGCUGCAGAGUGGCAAACUGGAGCCAGCAUCUGACAGCAGAUUCGUGACGUUCCAGGCUGGACUUUACACUGGCGCUGUGAAAGAUUUGACUUACCAGAGUUGCAAGGUUGCAGCAGCUAUUCUGGUUCGGUUCUUCGAAUUUAUCCGCGCGUGUCCCCUCAAUCGUCCUCCCCAAUAUCGUAUGACGUCCACCUUAGUGAUAGAGAGUGGCCUUCAAAUGUAUCCUCGUUUGAAGUACAAUUCCGGAGCUACUAUUUAGUAGCAAUAUUCCCGAAUAUCGUAUGACGUCCACCUUAGUGAUAGAGAGUGGC